CGUGGUGCCACUCGCGGCCAACAGCAACCGGUCUUGGGCCUCUCGCUGAGAUUAACGCGGCCUCCGAAUGAGUAAUCUGGUGCGGUGUGUGGUAGACACCGCCGCUGGGGAGACAAAGGCGGUUGGGCGUAGUUGCUUCCGUGCGCGCCGUCAUAGGCGCUACUCGCGAACAGCACUUGCCCCAGAGGUCUGUUACAGGCUACACGGGGGAUCUUUGUCUUUGUGUAUCAGUUCAGUUGUGCCGGGCACUGUCAGUAAGUGACUCAUCCGCGUUACUGUGGUGGUCGCCGGUUAGAGUCCUUCGCAUUCUUCUUGUAGGUUUUCUUUGGGUCAGUCUCGUCUCGGCUCGGCUCAAUUAGCGGUGAGUAAUCAAAAGUGGCGGGCGGAGAGCGGGGGGUGGGGAGUGCGUUCCGUGGACCUUUUGAAUUUCACUCGAAAGUUAGCCGGGGUCGGAGGAGAGAGAGACACACACACACACAAAUAUACCGAAACGAGAAACCCACCGAUCGGUCGAUUUCGUGAACACCAAGCUACCAUCGUUCGCCAGGAUCAGCGGCACGAGAAAUGCUUCGGGAUUUUGACGUGGAGACGAAGUCCCAAUGCAGCACGUCCUCCGCCGAGUCUCGCUUCUCGUCGGCUGAACAGUUCCCUGCUCUCGAGGGAUCAGCUCCACAUGCCCAGGACUUCGUGUCGGAGAUGCUCGCCGUCGGCGGCUGCCCUCGCGACCGCCUCCCGUGGCCUCACCAGGAGGCCCGACUCGAUUACCUGCCUCGUGGGGGCUACCACGGCCUGCACGCGAUGCCCCCAUCAUGUCCUGCCCACCGGCCACGCUGCCCCUCUGCGCCCGCGCCCUGCCACCUCGCGCCCCCCUCCUACGCGCUGCCCGCUGGGAUGUCGUCCGUCGCUCAGUCGAGAGCCGGGGUCAUACGCAUGGUGGGGCGAAGAGUCAAGGACGAAAUGCUGAGCCCGGAGGAGAUGGACAGACGGCGGCAGAGGAGGGAGCGCAACAAGGUGGCGGCCGCGCGAUGCCGGAACCGACGGCGCGAACUCACCGACAGGCUACAGGCGGAGACGGACAAACUGGAGGACGAGAGGUCGGAGCUGCAGAUAAAGAUCGCGGAGCUGAGGAAGGAGAAGGAGCGACUGCAGUUCGUGCUCGACGCUCACGAGCACACGUGCAAGGUGUCCCCCGAGCGACCGCCGUCCCAGGCGAAACCCCACGACGCCGGACGGGGGCCUGGCCACAUCAACCUCAGGAGCGACCGCGGCGACGGCAGCGACGACGGCGACGGCGGCAGGGAACGCGUUGCCGGAAUCUCCGUCGCUGACAUCCACCACCACCACCACCAGCUCGGCAUCGGAGUCGACAGCUUCGACGGCAAAAGUAAAGCGGCAGGCGAAGUGGCGCAGUGUUCGCGCGCUCCGCCGAGAGCGCUCGUUCGGCCCGCGCCGGGCUUGCGGACUCAAGCGGGCGGGUACGGCACCGGCAGCACCGGCAGCAGCAGCAGCAGCUUACGAGCUCACGCGGGACCGAAGGCCGCACGCGGCCGCCCGCGGCCGGUCCCCAUGAUCGCCAUCUCGGCGGGAGACGCGGUCGAGUUGGAGGAGCCGCUGAACACGCCCCUCGUGAGCACCACGCCGUCGCUCCUGGCGGGCGUCGGCACCGGGCCGCCGGCCAGCGUGUUCACCUACCCGGCCGCGGGCGCGGGCGCCCCGGGGGGGUUCCCGGCCACGCGCCCGUACUCCGCGGGGGCCUCGGCGGACGGGGGCUGCGCGUCGGGAGAGGGCGCCACGUGCGCCACCGCCCACCGCCGCAGCAGCAGCGGCGGCGAGCAGUCGUCCUCCGAGUCGCUCAGCUCUCCCACGCUGCUCGCGCUUUAGGCACGAACUCACCACCUCCCGCUUGUGCUCUGCGGUCA